AUGGUAGACAGGAAACGCUCGAGGAGAGCUUCAUUCUUGGAAGAUACAGAUCCAGACGAUCUCAUCCUGGCUCAACGAACGAAGACACCCCGACGGACUGUGGAACAUUCAGCCGCACCACUCGUAUUGAGAUCAGAGAGUUCACCAAGCAAGAGUUUGACGAGUAUCGCGGAAUCAUUCGGCCAGAAGACUUCUGCCAUCCUCUCGCGUAUGGGCUUGGUGCUCCGCGUAGGAGGUCGGUCGAAGCGACGUGCACACCAGGUACAAUUGGACGGAGACUCUUCACCGCCGCUCAUGAGAGAGGUCUCGGAACCGAGUUCGAAGCUUCUCAGCAGUGAGAAUGGUUCGUAUCCCGCAGGAGAUACAGGAGAGAUCGGUCAAGCUGGACCCAGCACUCGAUCACGCACAAGAUCCCGUUCACCGAAACCAAUGACCCCAUCCACCUCAUCCACACCCGCGCAGAAGUCUCAGCCAUUACCAUCCUCCUCUCUGUAUCCCAUAUUACCUUCUUCAACUGUGUCUCAUGAUGCUUUAUCACCCUCCCUCAACAGCAACCAGGUAGACUCACGAUCCUCGCCUGGUAUUUCGCCAGACGACCCCUUUGGAGAUGCAUCCGAUCCAUCUGCCCGGUCCCUAUCUCCAGGAUCCCAAUCCCAGCCCCAAUCUACAUCUGGCGGUGAUGCGCAUGAACCACCUUUCGAAUCAAGCGGCAGUCCGCCUGAGGACCUGGAAGACGGGACGGAAGACCAACCUAUAGAUCUGGCAGAUACGGACGAUGAAGCUGAGGAAGACUCUCAUGAUGCUGCAGAAGCAUCGACAGAACCGAUGGGACCGAUUUCAUUGACACCUGAGGCUGGUCCUUCGACCCGUAUGAGGCGCCCACCACCAGCCAGACCGGAUCUUUUGGGUCAAUCCGUUCAGAGGAAGUACGACUGGCUUACAAGCACCGAUUCACAAUCCGGCAUUCAAGCGUCGUCACGAGCCACCGGCUCAUCACAGCCCUUGUCGCCUAGCCAAAAAUCUGGGGUCCGUUCAUCCCGAAGUCGGAGGAAGGGCCAGCGGGAUAGGCAAGGUACAUUCAAGAGGUACCUCAAGUCAUUUGCGAGAAAUCAGCAUAAAGCCGGGAUAUUCGACGGAAACACGAAGCGGGCUUUCUACAGAUUAGUACAUAAGCCAGAGCCGAGGGACGAGACGCAGGGGAGAGUGCUGGAAUGGCGAUUCCAACGAGAUUCAAAGCUUUUCAGCACGUCCAAAGAGGAGAAAGAUGCGUAUACCGAUUUGCUCUUGAAAAACAAUCUCAAGACUGUAGAGGAUAUCACUCAGAAGCCAAUAGAGCCCACCUUUUCACCUGGUCGGUCCAGGAGAAUUGCGAACCGUGCACAGCUAGAUGCUGCACAGCGUCGUAACCCUGCCAUUGACGAGAUCCUCGAGUCAUUCCAGAAACAGCGGCUCGAAGAUGAACAAGCGAUUCAAAAGCGCCUGCGGCCUCGCGUACCUACUCAAAUGGCCCCGGGAAGGUUGGAAACGGUCAACUCGCAUUGGAAGAAUCCUGCCUUCAAAGUGGAACAUUUGAAUGCCGAAGUCCGCUCGGCUUCUCUGCAGCGCCUAAAAGACAGGCAGUGGCUAGACGAUGAGAUCAUCAAUUACUAUGGAUCUUUGAUUCAAGCUCGAUCCGAUCGCUCGCCUAAAUCGGACGAGAAGGCCGCUUUGCCCAACAUCCACUUCUUCAAUUCCUUCUUCUAUCAGAAAUUGAGCGAGCAAGGCUACGCAGCAUCAAGGUUGAAACGAUGGACCAAAAAGUUUGACCUUUUCUCGAAAGACCUCGUCAUCUUCCCCAUCAACCAGGGCAACAUGCAUUGGACGGCGGGAGCUAUCAACUUUCAGAAGAAGAGGUUGGAGUAUUUUGAUUCUCUGUCACAGUAUCCAGGUCAAGGCGAGCCAGUGUUCGAGAACCUGUUCCAAUACCUCCAAGAAGAGCACAAGGAUAAGAAAGGCACCGACUUUGAUGAUUCAGACUGGAAAAAGGUGUUCAACAUUCAAAACAAUGGAUCAGAUUGCGGUGUCUUUUCCUCCCAGACGCUCGAGCUACUGUCUCGAGGGAAAGACCUGUCGAAACCUGAAGAGUUUGACUUUACUUGCGAGCAUAUGCCAUACCUUCGACGACUGAUGGUUUGGGAGAUUGCGGAGGGAAAGCUGGAGCCGAGAUGGCCGAAAGAAGGGUAG